AACUACGUUAAAUGUCAGAUUGCUAUAAACUAGAAGCUGUUGGUCUGGCCCGCGGAAAUGGGCGAGCAUAAUCUUCUUAAUCCUGGGUUUGUGGGACCUUUGGUAAACAUCCACACUGGCGACAGGUUUUACUUCCCGAAUUUUAGAGCCUCAGGGGGACAGCUGGCGGGGCUACCGUCUCUCUCGUACCCUAGAAGGGACAAUGUUUGCUCUCUCCCGUGGAAUCCAUCGGAGUCGUGCAAUGGAUAUCCUCAGUCUUACUUUAGCAGCCCCGUAUCCAUUAACCCAUCUUUUAAUCGAUCUUGUGAAAUAACCCGACUGGACGAAAGCAAGUGCUAUUAUGGCAAUUCCGGCAGUACUAGAGAGUCUUGUUCAGACAGCAACAGUCUCAAACGAGAGGACCGAGCAAGAGAGACAUCGGUAUCGUCGGAUCACGGGAUGCACAAUGGGAUGGGCAACAGUGGCACCUUCUCAAAGUAUGAUUAUGGUACCGAGCAUCUGACCCAAGACCCACCGUCCUGCCAGUCCUUGGAAUCCGACUCCAGUUCUUCAGUGCUCAACGAAGGAGGAAAGACGAGCGACCCACAAACCCUGGUACCGCAGGGAAACCACGCAAGCAAUAUCGCCAGUGGAGGAGGAGGAGGUGCGCCGUGGUACCCAAUGCACACCCGGACUCGCAAAAAAAGAAAACCCUAUUCCAAAUUGCAACUGGCCGAGCUUGAAGGAGAGUUCAUGCUGAACGAGUUCAUCACUCGGCAGCGACGUAGGGAGUUGUCUGACAGGCUCAAUCUUAGCGACCAACAGGUUAAAAUUUGGUUCCAAAAUCGGCGGAUGAAGAAAAAAAGACUGUUGCUGAGGGAGCAGGCUUUGUCCUUCUUUUAGGGUUUAAGAAGACAGUACCUAUGUAUUGCAUAAUAGUCCAGCAGAUGUAUUUAGUUAAAGGUAAUCUGGCAUUAGGAUAUUUUACUCUGAAACUCUGACGCAUUCAGAAACGAAUACGAUUUCAAAAAAAGCGUAUAAGAAUUUUGGAACAAAGGCCAUGCGACCAAAUGUUGGCUCUAAAGCUCCACUCUUGCCAUGUUUGUGGUCUGGUGUUUAUUUUAGCGGGUUUGUGCCCAGUAAUUUUGGGUAUGUAGUAUAAGGUGGAAAUGAUUUAUUCAAGAGUAUUGAAGAACCAAGCUGUCCAAGCCAUCUCUCACUUUAUUAAAUAUUGCAAUGAACUGUUAGUUAGAUAUUCAGAUGUGAAUAAGCUGUGAGAGAGCACUCGAACAAUAAAAUGGGUUCUUAUCCAUAUUAAUGACGUUGAAAUGACCGCUAAUUAUUUAUUAACAGAGUUUUAAAAAACAAUAUUAAAAAGCGUAUUAUCAUUUUGUGUCAUGGUCAUGUCCUGUGGAGUGAAAUGAACAAAUGCUCUAUCUGUCAGCUCCAAACCAUAGACCGAAAUACCAUACAUGGUCACAAUCAGAGUACUUGGAUGUUAAUAAUCUCCCAUCUAUGUUGUUUUGCCAGUUCUCGCUAAAUAAGGGUCUGUCAACCCGAGCGUUAAACCAUCAAAGUCUUAUCUCCGUUCCGCGGUCAUCGCCACGUGUUCGCUGGCACGUUCACGGUCACGGGCAUGAAGUUAGAGCCCCGUCUUGGGCUAUUGAUAAGUAAACUGCAAUUACAGAACAGCUUUUAUUAAUAGAUACACUGCGUUGAUAUAUAACAUUUGAAAAUAAUUCUGAUAAAUGUUACAUCUAUUAGCCUAUCUAUAACCUGAUAUUAGCUAAAGUGUAAUUAAUUAGGCCUGCAGCUAAGCCGCCAAGCUACACCAUGGUGCUGCUACUGCUAAUCUUUUUUAUCUAGUAAAAAUGUUUUUCUUUUCUUUGUCAUCUUUGCAUUGUUAAAGCAUAAAUUCCCCAUAAACGAUUGCUCGUCCCCUGAUCCGUGUAAUUCGGACAUAUUCGCUUAGGUCUGUUUAAUUAAAUCACAACAGCGCUUUUGGGAGAGGAAUGCAUGGUCACCCAAAAUUAUUAAGAAGCGCAACGAUAAAUUAAAACAAAGAUUAAGUCAUUUGCAAGUAUGAUGGACGUAGCAAUCUAACUAAAUUAGACAGAAUUUAAAUUCAUAUUUUCAUCAAGCUUGUUUUGCAAAUUAGAGCACCCGUCACUAUAAUAGCGUUAUUUACUCAAAUUAUUGAAUAUAUGCCAGUGAAAUAAAUAAUAUUUGCUGCAUGAUGAAUCUAAUGGCUGUAGUUAAAAGGUGACAAAAGCAAAUGUUUUCUGACUAUUUUUAUUGUGAAAUGACGCAUGUAUUAUUUUAAAACACCUUAUCAAACUUAUAAAGAUGUUACUGUUAUUAAUGUGAUUAUUAUUGUUUAUUAUUAGUAGUUGUACAAUUAAGGAAUUUAUACAGGUAGGUCAGUCGGUGCUAUUUUUCCCAUAUGUGACUGACUGAACUUGGCGACUGACCUUUGCUUUAACCCUUGUUUGUGAAUCUGUAGAAAGUACAAAUGAAAUUAUGAAUGACAUCAUCAGCAACUAUAUAAAAAUAACCAGUCUUGACCCCCACCGAUUCUUUAUUGUUUUGUGAAUUUGUCUGUUGUAUAAAUUAUCUGUGUUGCACCGAUGUCGCAUUACUUUGUACUUUGCGAUAACAAU